AUGUUUGAGAGUUAUGGUCACGAAAAAGCCCUUCAGAAGCUUCCAAUAAGCACACUCGAAAACGCCAUUCUUGCUAUCGAUGGUUUUUGGUAUAUCAAGAAAUAUCUUUCCAUUUCUAACGAGGAGCAAUUUUUAAAUGUUUCACUCACAAUAGACAUGCUCCUUAAAAACGUUAUAGAGCUAAAUAGAAAGACAUCAGUUCUCUGGAUAUGGGAUGGAAUAGAGUUUAGACAACCAGUCUCCAUUGAUUUAGGAUCGUUCUGUAGAGAUACCUCCGAUAAAAUAAUAUUUUCUAGGUUUAAUAAGAGAUUCUAUGAUCAGGAAUUGUAUGUUAGUGUCGUAACUGAAAAGCUUAGAAAACAUGGAAUUUCAGUCAUGAGAGCCCCGUAUUCGGCAGCUGCUCAAUGCGCAUAUUUUAUGAGAGGGCAUGUAAAAUAA